UCCACCGUAGAGUACGUGCCCUACUGCGGCGCGCUGAGCCCUCGCACCGCCCUGGAGCUGGUGCGGCAGUACGACGUCGUCGCCGACUGCUCCGACAACGUCCCCACCAGGUACUUGGUGAAUGACGCCUGUGUCCUGGCUGGGAAGCCCCUAGUGUCCGGCAGUGCCCUCCGGCUGGAGGGGCAGCUAGUCGUGUACAACUACCAGGGAGGGCCCUGCUACAGGUGCCUCUUCCCCAAGCCCCCUCCACCAGAGACGGUGACUAAUUGUGCGGAUGGGGGAGUGCUGGGUGUCGUGCCAGGCAUCAUGGGGUGCAUCCAGGCCUUGGAAGUGCUGAAGAUCGCUUCGGGAAUGGGUUCCUCCUUCAGUCAGUUCAUGCUGAUGUUUGAUGCCCGUGAAGGGAGAUUUCGCAACAUCAAGUUAAGACCAAAGAAAGCAGACUGUGCUGUUUGUGGUGACAAUCCAUCUGUCACCUGCCUUCAGGAUUAUGAGGCAUUUUGUGGUUCUUCUGCAACAGACAAGUGUAGGACUUUGCAUCUGCUGUCCAGUAAAGACAGGGUAUCUGUAGAGGAAUACAAAAAACUCUUGGAUGAGCAAGUUCCUCAUGUAUUGUUAGAUGUUCGUCCGCAGGUAGAAGUGGAUAUCUGUCGCCUGGUACAUGCUGUCCACAUUCCUUUGAGUAAAUUAGAAGAAAAAGAUGAAGAAUGUCUGGAAUAUUUAGAAAAAAGAAUUUGUCAAGAAAAGCAGAGAACUAAUGGCCAAACAUCUUUUCCUAUAUAUGUUGUUUGCAAAUUAGGAAAUGACUCCCAGAAGGCUGUAAGAAUUCUGCAGGAGUUACCUGUCAAAGAAUUUGGUUCUGUGUUAGCUAGGGAUAUUAAAGGGGGACUCAUGGCUUGGGCCAGUAAAAUUGACCCAACAUUUCCUCAGUAUUAG